UAUAAAAGUUAAACCUUUUUGUUGAGAUUCGAGCGAUAAUUAUAUCAUUUUUUGCAUGUCGAUAAACGUCUGUAGAAUUUGGAAAUCACUUUUAGUCUGUCUUUGUUGAAGUGUUCGUUUUAACGGGUGUUAAUUAUUUUAUUUCAAACUGACAAAAAAAAAUGAAUUUAAUAGUAUGGAUCUUUACACACAAAUUAUUGGUGGUUUUAAUUGCAGUGAUUAUCAGUUUGGCCUUAUCCACGAUUAUACUAGCCAUCGAAAAUAGAAAAUUAAGAAAUGAAAUUGAUGAAUUAAUUGCGAAAGAAACGAAUUUGACCGAGAUGAACAAAUACAGGCUGCCUGGUAUGGUGAAACCAAUUUUGUAUGAACUUUACUUCUAUCCAAAUCUAUCUACAGGAUUAUUCAAAGGAAAAGUCGACAUUUCUGUGGACAUUUUAUCUACGACGGACAGCAUCAGUCUGCACAGCCACACGUUGAACAUCGACAAUGUGCACAUCUCUUCCGAGAACGGAACUUACUCCCUCGACCAAAGCUAUCAGUUGCUGACUAUAAGAAAAACAGAUCAAUCUAAUUUCACACCCGGAAAGGAAAACCUACAAAUAGAAUUUAGCGGUGAUAUGAAAAAUAGGAUAGUCGGAUUGUAUACUAGCAGUUAUAAAGACGCGAAUGGAGAAAGCAGGAGAAUGGCUACUAGCAAAUUUGAACCAACAUAUGCCAGGCAGGCUUUCCCCUGCUUCGAUGAACCAAACAUGAAAGCCAAAUACAAGGUUCAUCUUUUAAAACCAAAGGAUAAUUCUUACAUUGCUUUAUCCAAUUUUCCUGUAUCUAACAUCACCGAUUAUGAUAAAGAAAACCAGCUAGUUAGUUUCGAAGAAACAGUUUCUAUGUCGACGUACCUAUCUUGUUUUAUCGUAUCCGAUUUUGCACAUACUGAAACUUCUUUCAAUAAUGACGGCAAGAUGAUUCCUCUCAAAGUUUACGCCAGUCCUGAUAAUUUGCAGAAAACUCAAUAUGCUGGUGAAGUCGGGAAAAAAGUUAUCGAAUAUUACGUUAACUAUUUCCAGAUACCGUACCCAUUACCGAAACUAGAUAUGGUCGCCAUUCCAGAUUUCGUAUCUGGAGCAAUGGAACAUUGGGGUCUCGUUACUUACAGGGAAACAGCUUUGCUAUAUACAAACACCACACAUUCCACCAUAAACAAACAACGCGUGACUACCGUGGUAGCCCACGAAUUGGCACACAGUUGGUUCGGAAAUUUGGUAACAAUGAACUGGUGGAAUGAUCUUUGGCUAAAUGAAGGUUUCGCUUCCUAUAUUCAAUACAAAGGUGCCUCUGCGGCUGAACCAACUUGGGGUUUGUUAGACCAGUUCAUGCUGGAUUUACAUGCCGCCCUAAAUUUUGACUCCAGACUAAGUUCACAUCCUAUCGUACAAACUGUAUUGACUCCUGACCAAAUUUCGGAGAUUUUUGAUCUAAUUUCUUAUAAAAAAGGCGCUUCAAUAUUACGAAUGUUAGAAAACACUGUAAAGGAAACCACUUUCCAACAAGCUGUCAAAAACUACCUCAAUCUCUACGCUUACAAAAAUGCCAUCACCGAAGACUUUUUAGACGAAGUACAAAAAUUGGUUGGAACCGUUUUGAACGUUAAAGAAUUAAUGGAAACCUUCACCGUACAAAUGGGGUACCCCAUUUUGACGGUAACUCGUUCUGGAGACGAAUACACGUUGACCCAGAAGAGGUUCCUUGCUGAUUCGACUGCUUCCUUUAAUAAGUCUGAUUCCGCAUAUAGAUAUAGAUGGUCCGUACCUGUCACUUAUAUCACCGAUUUGGGAAAAUCAUCCAGUUUUGUCCUUUUCAAUUAUAACGCUGAUUCUAUAAAAAUAACCAGACCAACAGGAGCUAAAUGGAUGAAAUUCAACCACGAUCAAAUCGGUUACUAUCGCGUCAAUUACCCAAAAGCAGAAUGGGACGACCUCAUCGCUCACUAUGGUAACUUCAGCGUUGCUGAUAGAACGCACUUAUUAGAAGAGGCCUUCAGUAUAGCGGAAGCGGAUCUGUUGGAUUUCGAGGUACCAUUGGAGCUGACGAAAAAAUUAAGCGCCGAAUUCGACUAUAUGCCGUGGAGCGUUGCUUAUAUCAAGUUAAGGUCAAUUUUGAACCAUCUGAAGUGGUCUGGUUCCGAUCAGGAAGCAGCAUUUAAGAAAUACGUCAUUGACAUUGUCUCGCCUGCUUAUAAUAAUUUUUCCUGGAACGAAACUGUUGACUACAGCCAUCUUGAUAGGUUAGCAAGAAUCGAAAUAUUUUAUCUGGCGUGUCUAGUCGAUCACGAAGCUUGUUUGUCUGAAGCUCAAUCAUACUUUAAUCGUUGGUUGAAAACGAGACAACCGAUCACUCCAGAUUUGAGAAGAAUUAUAUACUCAAAUGGAAUGAAGAAAGCUAAUAAAACUACCUGGGAUGCUUUACUGGAAAUAUACAAAAACGAAACUGAUGCUUCUGAAAGACUAAAACUAAUGAAAGGAUUAACUAGCAUAGAAAACGAAGAUAUUUUAAAGAAAUUAUUGGAGCUAGCAAAGGACGAAACUCUAGUACGAUCUCAAGACUUCUUCUCGGUGGUGCAGUUCAUAUCUAUUAAUCCAUCUGGUACGGAUUUAGUAUGGAAUUGGGUCAGGUCCAAUUGGGACUAUCUGGUACAUAGAUUUACGUUGAACGAUAGAUAUCUGGGGACGUUAAUACCUGAAAUUACGUCGACGUUUGCUACGCAGGAGAGAUUAACUGAGAUUGAAGAGUUCUUCAAAGAACAUCCAAAUGCUGGAGCUGGUGUAGCGAGUAGAGCGAGAGCUUUGGAAAAAGUGAAACACAAUAUUCUGUGGUUGUCUAAAAACAAGAAGACAGUGGAGAAAUGGAUACGGAAAAAUAGUGUUUUGUGAUUUUAUUGUUGUUUUAUAAAAUUUUAACAUUUAAAUAAAUAAGUUAACUUGUGAUAAAAUAAGUUGUCUUAUUUACUAAUUUAACAAUAUUGUGAAAGACGACGAUAUACGUGUUCUUUAAUAAAUGCGGCGGAAUUAUAUACUACAAGUUGCAUUCAUCGCUGCGCUCUAAAUUGCAAUAAAUAUACACUAAGUUUUCAUUCUCAAUUUUUUUAUUACUCCUGGAGACGUCUCUGUAAGAGGCCGAUAAGGAAUGUCUCUGAACAAAGAACUACGUCACAGGCAUCAUUUACUUCUUGUCCACUUCAGGAGGGGUUAAACUCUUGUAUUUUAUGUAUAUCCUAUAUAGAUGUAAAUUGUACAUAUUUUAACUGUUUAAUAAAUUAAAU